AUGACAAAUAUACCAACACAGCGGUUUCUCGAUGUUAUUUGCGAACCAACGAAAUUCCUAUCUCCAAUAAAAAGUUAUGAAAAAGUAAAGCUCGUGUCACUGGAAGAAGCUGUUCGUCCAAUUGAACAUUUAAUCGAUAAUAUACAAGGUGAUGUUUGGGUAGCUAAGAAUAAUUGUAAGAAAAUACAAGAUGGACUUACACAGCAUGAAAGUGCUGCUAUAUAUCUCUAUACUAUGGAAUCGAUUUAUGGCGAACUGAAUCAAGCACUACGAGAUAAAAAUCGUCAAACUGAUUUAAGUGCUCAAUUUACCGAGAGUGAAACAUUUGUUUGGUGGGGGCUAUCGUCGUGUACUAUAUCACUCUCUGUACUUCUAAAAGAACAAUUUCUCGGUAAAACAGGCGUGCGUACACUGUUUAAUGUUGAAUGUAUGAAUGGAAAGGCAAUAAAAAAUCAUUCACAUUAUCAAAGCGAAAAUGAAGUAUUGCUACUACCGUGCAGUUAUUUUGAAGUAUUGGGUAAAAUCGAUCAAGGUAAUGGCCUACAUACGAUUCAUAUUCGACAAAUUGAACCACCGGUACCAUUAAUACAGUCACCGAUUGAUUCCACGGGUGAUAUAACAUUAGCGACGACGUCUCCUCAUGCACUCAGUCUUGCACAAAUUACUACCAAAACAUGUUUUCAAUGUCCACAAUGUGAUAAGAAACUAUUGAAUAACGAUGAAAAAACUUAUCUCAAACACAUGACAGAUUGUAUGAAUAAAAGUGAUUUACUUGAACUGAAAUCGUCUGUUGCUGCUGCAUCUUUAAGCGAUAGUCUAUCAAAGAUAAGUGUAAGCACAACGUUCUCGUCGAAUACGUUAAAGUUAAGUCACUUAAAUGAUAAGCCAAGAUUAUGUCUCAAUAUUAAUCCGGGUACGCCUAUAAUGGCUGCAAAUGGCAAACAUCUGCUUUAUUGCCCGGAAGACAAACUUUGUCUUAUUGAUGAACAUGGAGAUGAACAGUUCAUAGUUAAACGUGAUUUUCACCAGAUAGAUAGUAUAAGUUGGUCGUCAUAUUUAAAUCAAUUUCUUAUUGCAUUUCAAAGACUACUUUAUGCGUUAGAUAUGACUAAUAAAACAUCUCAAGUAAAGCAAAUUCAAGACUUUCAGGGGCGUUUUAGUAUGUAUAUCACCACUUAUGAAGAUACAUUGCUAGUGACAAAGGAUCCACUUAUUGAAGAAUACAAUCUAUCUAAUUGGAAAUUAAUUCAAACUUGUAAACCACCAAUAUCACCUAAAGAAGGUCAAUAUAUUUGUCACAUUCGUUUUAACAGUGAUGGAUCACGCCUCGGUGUUAUUCUAUGA